UUUAAGUAAAAUCAAGAAAUGAUACCUCUCUUUUUCAAGAAAACCAAUCCAAAGGCUUCUAAGAAAAAGGUGAAGUAGCAACCACAAGGCAAGAAACGAAAGUACCAACCAAUUAGAAGCAGCUCGCACCUAAACUAUUUUGAGUAAUCUUCAAGCUGAUUCUUCCUUUCCUCUUUCAACUUUCUUUACUCUCCCUUCUCAUUGAAAGCCGCCCCAAAAAGGAAAGAAUCAUCUCUCUUAUGGAAAAACACCAAGUCAUAUUUCCAUUGCUUGUCUUCUUUGUUAUUGCCCUUGGUUUUAUCUCCUUCUCUCUUUUCAUAGCUGCUGAAUUCAAGAAAUCAAAGAAGAAAGAUCUGAGACUAGAUGGGAAGUACUGUUACUUCCCUGGAAGCGCGGCGUUUGGAUUGGGAAUUGCAGCUUUAACAUGUUUAUUCAUUGCUCAAUUCAUUGGAAACUUGCUAAUAUGCAGAAAGUUGUUCUCAAGGGAUAAAACUGAAAACAGUUCCAAGGUUGAGAAGAAGUCCCUCAUUGCUGGCCUCUUUUUGGCACUUUCUUGGAUCAGCUUUGGAAUUGCUGUAAUUUUAAUAGGGGCAUCCACAAUCAUGAGCAGAAAUCAGCACUUUGGUGAAGGAUGGUUAGAUGGAGAAUGCUACAUAGUCAAAGAUGGUGUCUACACUGGCUCAGCAAUUUUGGUGUUGGUCACUUUAAGUUCAACUCUUGGUUCAGCCAUCAUGAAAAUAAGGAAGAGGAAUCAAGUUGAACAAGAUAGGAAAGUGCUUCAGCAAGUACUUCAAUAGAAAAGAUAGAAGAUUGGAAAUCAAAAAUCUCAAGGAGAUGGUGUACUACUUUGGAACAUUUUAAAGUUUUUCUGGAGGUAAAGGUGCUUCUUUUUCUUCUUGUUUUCUGACAAAAGAUCCAAAUUUAACUUUCUAUUAUACGAAAUAUUCCAAUUC